UAAUUAAGGACAAAAAAAGAUAGCUAUUUUUAUAAAAAGCUACAUAUAUUAUCCCAUAGUGUUAUUACUUUACUGUGUUGCAUAUCAACCCUCUGAGUGGAGUAAAUAAAAAGAUGGUCUUUUUUAUUUAUUUAAAAGGUAGAAAAAAUCAUAUAAGUGAUCAACUGUACCCUGUGGUGGGUGAACUAACAGACUGCAAGCUUCAGUACCAGUUCAGAUGUCUUAAGGUCUUUGGAAUCCUUAAAGGGGGGCAGGCACCUUAAAAAUGACAACACUAGCAUCCAUCUUUCACCAUUGUGGUUUUAAGGGUGUCCUUAAAAAGCCAAUGCAAUGACAGUGAUUUAUCAGGCAGACGUCUCUAAGGACUUUUUCUGGGAAACACAUUACUAGGAGCACAUGCAAAGGCAAAGCCUCUGUCUGCAGCACGAAUCCCAGGUCAAUCUUCUGCCAGUAUGGUGGGUGCUAUGCAUGAAGCUGGGCAAUACCUAGACCUCGGCUUAGGGCAACGGAAACAAAACCCUCACUCACCUAAUCUUUCUAGUUCGUCCAAAUCUUGCCACCGACAAUCCCCCCCCCCCCCAGGGAGUUAAGAGUUGGCUGGAGAACCAGGACAGUGGCACCCGGUCUCUCUUUUAACCUCCCAAGGUUGUCCUCGAUGGAAGCGGGCAUCAGGAUAGCCCUGAUCUGCCUUACGAUGCCUUACGGAUCGCUGUGCAGAUACCGCAACUGAACCGUCAGGUGCAGCUCCGAGCAAACCUGGAAAAAGGGGCGUGUACUUUGCUGCGGGACUCGAGCGGCCACGUGCAGAGCACGGAGGAGAGCGGCAGAAUCGGCGCGGCGUUGCCACAUCGUCCUCGCGCCCACUUCGUUUCUCCCCCCCCCCCGUUUGGGAAAAAAAAACCACUCGGGAAGAAAUGGGGGGGGAGGGCCGGAGGAGAGGCGGCGGCAGCGGCGGCUGGUGAAGAGCUCUGACGCGGAGUUGGUGGGGGCGGGAACUGCUGUUGCUACUUGGCCUCCUCCCUCUCUGUGAGGGAGCUUCGCGGCUUCCUAGCUCCCUGGCAAUCCGACGUGCAAGCCCCCCCCCACGUCGCCGCCCCCGCGCCUCGGAUUUAGAGGACCCGCUUCAGCUAACCCCCCCACCGCCCCUCCCCUGAGGAGAGGUCCCUGGUUGCCCGGCGCCCUCUUGACCAAGACCGUCACGGACGGCGCUUCCCGGGGGUUGCAGGCGGUCGUCUUUGCCCUCCCAUUUUGCCUCCGUCGGAAGCAGAGCUCUCUUUCAAGGCGCUGCGGUGCCGCUUCAGGAACCGGCGAGGGCGAAGGAGGCUCGGCCACAUGUCAGCGGCAGCAGCAGCCCUGCCUUUUUGCCCGUCUGUCACUCAGCUGCAGCCAUAACACCUGUGCAGGAGCGCCGCCGCCUCCUCCUCCUCCUCCAGGAGGCCCUCGCCGCUCGAGAGGAAACCCCAGCCGCGAGCCUUCCCGGGUUGGGGGCGGGAAGGCUCCGCCGCCUCCGCGCUCCUCGUGGCCAGUCGCCGCGGCGGCGGAGAUGGGAAGCAGCCCUGCUCGCGCGCCUUUGUGAGUCUCGCUCCUCCGCUCCGCUCUGACAGAUGCGUGGGGAAGAGGGUGGCUCGCCCCCCUUUUCUCUGCUUCGCGGUUCCCGCGGCGGCGGCAGGAGCCCCCUUUCUUCGCUCGGCUGCCGGCUCCGAAAGGAUUUACUGGAUGAAGAGCUUUCUUUUGGGGUGGUUGCCGUGGGGCUCUGGCAAACGGAGAGACUUCAGCUGACAAGGUACCUGUUCUCCAGACGGCCGCGUAGGGGAAAGGAAGUGUGCCCAGAUGUUCUCCUGAAGGGUAUCCGCAUCGUGGUCUAGCAUGGGGGAGGGGAGCUACGACCGGAGGGGGGUCGCCAUCCUGCUGCCGCCCUACCCCACUUUCCCUCGCCUUUCCUCCAGCUUCCCACGCCCCAUAAACCCCGGAGCCCCGGUCUCUUGGUAGGAAUCGUGAUCCCAGCUGUCAGUUAUCUGCAGGCGACGGAGACUAAAAGGACAGAUUCUCCACCCUGCAAUUGCGGCAUUUGGAGAUGACAACUAAAAGGAAAAUUAUUGGCCGCCUGGUGCCAUGCCGAUGUUUUCGAGGGGAAGAAGAAGUAAUUUCAGUGCUGGAUUACUCCCACUGCAGCCUUCAGCAAGUGCCAAAGGAGGUUUUUAACUUUGAACGGACAUUAGAGGAGCUUUAUCUAGAUGCCAAUCAAAUUGAAGAGCUUCCGAAGCAAUUAUUCAACUGUCAAGCUCUACGUAAACUGAGUAUCCCAGACAAUGACCUUUCAAGCCUGCCAACCAGCAUUGCUAGUUUAGUUAAUCUCAAAGAACUUGACAUCAGUAAAAAUGGGAUUCAAGAUUUUCCAGAAAAUAUAAAGUGCUGUAAGUGUUUAACAAUAAUUGAAGCAAGUGUCAAUCCUAUUUCUAAGCUCCCAGAUGGUUUCACACAGCUUUUAAAUUUGGCCCAGCUAUAUCUAAAUGAUGCCUUUCUGGAAUUUCUUCCAGCUAACUUUGGAAGACUUGUUAAAUUACGAAUAUUGGAGUUACGAGAGAAUCACUUGAAAACGCUGCCAAAGUCAAUGCACAAACUGACCCAGCUGGAAAGGCUUGACCUGGGUAAUAAUGAAUUUUCUGAGCUGCCUGAAGUUCUGGAACAAAUACAAAACCUAAAAGAAUUAUGGAUGGACAGCAAUUCACUUCAAACAUUACCUGGGUCUAUAGGACGAUUAAAACAACUGAUAUACUUGGAUAUGUCAAAAAAUAGGAUAGAAAGUAUAGAUCUGGACAUAUCAGGAUGUGAAGCCCUUGAAGAUCUACUAUUGUCAUCAAAUAUGCUACAACAACUGCCAGAUUCUAUAGGGCUCUUGAAAAGACUGACUACUUUGAAAGUAGAUGACAAUCAACUCACAGUUCUGCCCAAUGCUAUUGGAAAUUUAUCUUUAUUAGAAGAGUUUGACUGCAGCUGUAAUGAACUGGAGUCUCUACCUCCCACCAUUGGCUAUCUACACAGUCUCCGAACUUUAGCUGUAGAUGAAAACUUCCUGACUGAACUUCCCAGAGAAAUUGGCAGCUGCAAGAAUGUAACCGUCAUGUCCCUCCGUUCAAACAAACUGGAAUUUCUUCCCGAUGAAAUUGGUCAAAUGCAGAAACUCCGUGUCUUAAAUUUGAGUGACAACAGGUUAAAAAAUUUGCCCAUCACUUUUACAAAGCUUAAAGAACUUGCAGCAUUGUGGCUUUCAGAUAACCAGUCUAAGGCUCUGAUUCCUCUUCAAACUGAGGCACAUCCAGAAACAAAGCAAAGAGUGUUAACUAACUACAUGUUUCCUCAGCAACCUCGUGGUGAUGAAGAUUUCCAGUCUGAUAGUGAUAGUUUUAAUCCUACUCUUUGGGAGGAACAGCGGCAGCAACGUAUGACAGUGGCCUUUGAAUUUGAGGAAAAAAAGGAAGAAGAGGAAAAUGCCGGAAAAGUUAAGGAAUAUUGCACUUUGGAAGGUUUUUAUCCCCAGCGGCAUGCUACUUCUGAGGUUGAAAUAAAUUUAAAGCGUUAUCCAACUCCAUAUCCAGAAGAUUUAAAGAACAUGGUGAAAUCUGUUCAAAAUCUAGUGGGCAAAUCUACCCAUGGAGUGAGGCCUGAGAAUUCAGCACCAUCUGCGAGUGCAGAACAAGUUGUGAAAGACAAAUUUGAGCACAAGUGGCCCAUGGCAACAAAAGAGCUGUCAGUGGAGGAUUCUUUUGUACACCCAGUGAAUGACAUGAGGAUAGGAGAACUUCGCCCCUCAAUGGCUGAUGCACCAUUAUAUCAACCAAAACUUGUUCUUUUAGGAAAGGAAAAAAAAGAAUCAACUGAUGAGUCUGAAGCCGAUAAAGUUCACUGCAUGAAUAACAGUGUUUCUUCAGGCACUUACUCAGACUAUUCCCCAUCACAAGCUUCUUCUGGGUCUUCUAAUGCUCAUGUUAAAAUAGGAUCUUUGCAGACCACAGCUAAAGAUGCAGUAAAUAAUUCAUUGUGGGGUAACAGGCUUGUCCAAUCUUUCCCACAACCCCUUGAGACCAAGCCAUUACUCAGUCAGCGGGAAUCUGCUCCAGCAGGAAAUUUACAGCAACAUAAUGAAAGGCAUCCAAUGAGUGAUGCCUUUGCUGACAGUUGGAAUGACAGCUCUCACUAUGAUAACACAGGAUUCGUGGCAGAGGAGAACACAGUGGAGAAUCCUAGCACUAAUCCUCUCUUAAGCUCCAAAUCAAGAAGCACAUCUGCUCAUGGACGCAGGCCUUUAAUUAGGCAAGAUAGGAUAGUUGGUAUUCCCCUAGAACUUGAACAACCCACUAUCCGAAAUACCCCUGAAUCAGAAGUGCCUCCAUCAAACCCUUGGCAGAACUGGACAAGAACACCUAGCCCCUUUGAAGAUAGGACAGCUUUUCCUUCUAAACUGGAGAGCACCCCUACUACCAGCCCUUUACCUGAAAGGAAAGACCUUGUUAAAGACUCUCCUGAAAUAUCUAGUACUUUUUCUCCAGGUACACCAUGGGAAUAUCAUGAUUCCAAUGCCAACAGAAGUCUCAGCAAUGUAUUUUCACACAUUCACUGUCGCCCAGAGCUUUCUAAAAAUAUUAUUUCUAUCAGCAAAAGUACAGAGAGGCUUUCUCCAAUGAUGAGAGAUUUAAAAACAAGCCGGUUUAAGAAAUCACAAAGUAUAGAUGAGAUAGAUAUUGGUGCAUAUAAAGUUUAUAACAUACCACUAGAGAACUAUGCAGCUACUACUGAUAACGCAGGGAUGCAUGACAGACAGGAUAAAAUGUUGGGGCCAGAACAUGGAAUGUCUAGUAUGUCCCGUAGCCAAUCUGUGCCAAUGCUUGAUGAUGAACUGCUGACUUAUGGAAGUGUAAAGGUCCAACAACAGCAAAAGCCCUCUGUGACUAAAAAAGUAUACCAGUUUGACCAAAGUUUUAAUCCUCAAGGAUCAGUAGAAGUGAAAGCUGAAAAGAGACUACCGCCCCCUUUCCAACAUACUCCAGAAUACAUUCCCCAGCAGACAAAAAAUGUCUCUAAGGAUUUGGUUAGUCCCAGAGCCUACCGAGGAUAUCCACCCAUGGAACACAUGUUUUCCUUCUCACAGCCUUCUGUUAAUGAAGAGACUGUCAAUACUCAGUUGUCAAGUCAGGGAUCAAGGGCUGGAUUUUUAAGAAGAGCAGAUUCAUUGGCCAGCUCUACUGAAAUGUCAAUGUAUAGAAGAGUCAGCGAGCCUCAUGAAAUGCCUCAAAGCGAUAGGUAUAACAGACAUCAGUAUAGAGGAGCUAUGGAACGCCAAAGCAGCAUUUCAGUGUCUGAAUCCCAGUUUCUCAAAAGAAAUGGCAGGUAUGAAGAUGAACACCCUUCAUAUCAAGAAGUGAAAAGCCAGUCUGGAAGCUUCCCUGUUAAAAACGUAACGCAAAGGAGGCCUUUGUCUGCAAGGAGCUACAGUACAGAGAGUUAUGGUACCUCCCAAACCAGGCCAGUUUCAGCUAGGCCGACAAUGGCAGCUCUGUUGGAAAAAAUACCGUCCGACUAUAACUUGAGUAACUAUGGUGAGAAGCCGUCAGAUAACCCUGAUUUAAAGACAAGGCCUACCCCUGGGAAGGGCAAUGAGAGCUGUGGUAAAAUGCCUGCUGACUGGAGACAACAGCUACUUAGACAUAUAGAAGCUAGAAGGUUAGACAGGACUGCUGCUUAUAAACACAACACUGUUAACCUUGGCAUGCUGCGCUCUGGAGGUUUGUCAGCAAUGCAUGCGGGCAGAAGCAUGACAUUAAACUUGCAGACUAAAUCUAAAUUUGAAAACCAAAUGCAUCAAGAGCUACCUCUAUCGAAAACCCCAUCACAACAAAGCAGCAUUUUAGACAAUGGACAGGAAGAUAUUUCUACUGGCAGCCAAUGGAAUCCAUAUCCCCUUGGAAGGCGAGAUGUACCACCAGAAACUGUUGCUAAAAAGGCAGGUAGCCAUAUUCAGACUCUGAUGGGAUCACAAAGUCUACAGCAUCGUAGUCGAGAGCAGCCAUAUGAGGGCAACAUGAACAAAGUAACAAUCCAGCAGUAUCAGCCACCGUUGCCAAUACAGAUCCCUUCUCAGAGCUCUCGGGCGCCACAAGCAGGGAGGUGUGUCAUCCAGACAAAAGGGCAGAGGAGUAUGGAUGGUUAUCCAGAACAGUUUUGUGUAAGGAUAGAGAAGAAUCCAGGACUUGGAUUUAGUAUCAGUGGAGGAAUAAGCGGCCAAGGAAAUCCAUUCAAACCUUCUGAUAAGGGUAUCUUUGUUACUAGGGUUCAGCCUGAUGGACCAGCAUCUAACCUGCUUCAGCCUGGUGAUAAGAUUAUUCAGGCAAAUGGACACAGUUUUGUACAUAUGGAACAUGAAAAAGCUGUAUUACUGCUGAAGAGUUUCCAGAAUACAGUAGACCUAGUUAUUCAACGUGUCUUUAUUUCAGGACACAGAAACACACACAAGUUCUUUACAAAUCUUAGUCUCCAUCAGAAUUACUGCCUCACAAUUGUUUAUGUUUUUAAAAAGAAAAUUAUAUAAAAUUAUAAUUCCCAUAAAGUAUUUCUAUCUCACAUCGGAUAUAAAUUAUUUAUAAAGAAUAUUUUAGUAGUUCUAUAUUCAGUAACAUAAGAAUUGAACUUACGGUAAUGGGAUUCACUUCUGUAGAAAUAGGUCUGGAGUUACACUGCAGACCUGUUAGCUUUUUCAGUUUUCCCUUUUUUACAAUGUAAAUACAUAUAUAUCUUUGAAAAGUGCAAUAUCGAAUUUAAAACAAUAUUAAAUUUAUUUGGGAUGGUAAUAGGAGUCUACAUUGGCAAAACCAGGCUUUGCUAUGCUCACAAUUAAUUAUUAAAAAAACCAUAUAUUUCCUUUCCAGUAUUUACCUCAAAGAAGCUUACAAUAUAAAUCACAAAAAUAGUAACAGUAUUUACUGAUGUUUCGUAGGAACAUCAGUAGAUACUGUAUCUUGUAUCAUCCUGGUUGAUGGUUUGUGGAUUGUUUGGAUUACAACUUCCAUAACCUUUAGGCAUCCCAACCUCUGUUUAUGCUGGCAAUUAUGGGCUAUAUGUUUAGAAGACGCUAAAUUAGACAAACUGGUGUAAGCUUCCAAGGAUUGUAGUCCAUCUUCAUCAGAUGAAUGUAAUGUUGCUUUGAGUUACCAGAACAUUCAGAUACGGACAGGGUUAGAAUGUUACAAUUCUGAACAUAGUGACAAGAAGGAAAGGAAAUACAAGUAUUUUGUUGCCCCUCACAUAGUCUAAGAAAGUAUGUAAUUGAAUAUUCUUGUAAGGCAAAUAUGUCAGGCAUCUGAAAACUGCCAAGAGUUUUUUAUUGCCAUGAUAUAGAAAUUUCGUAAGUGCAUAAAUAUUCCACCAUACAUCCAAUCUUUACCAUGCCAAAGGACUUUGAAAACAAGCCCAACUUUGGAAUUCAGGAGUUCAAAAAAUUGCCACAGAUUGAUUAGCCCAAGAGUCUGAUAAUUGUCUGAAUAAGGAGAGAAGAUCAAGAAAACUUCCAUUUUUUUCACAAUUUGUGUGUGACCACAAAGUAGGCUGUUUCUUGAAUUCUGAAUACCAUGCUGCUAUGGAGAAUAUCUCCACUUUGUCUGUAAUGCGCAACCUAGUAAGGGAAAUAGUAUUAUUCUCUUCCUGGACUCCGAACAGGUGAUCAUUUUCAUUGCCAACUUUGUGCAUUGUUUCUAGAGUCAAAUUAGAAAAUUGGUGUAAAAGACUUAUGUGCAGAAAAAUGUCCAUACCAAAAAUUUAUUAAAUAGGAAAGAGAUCCCACAAUGUGCACAUUAGCACAAUGUGCAAAUAAAUGGAUGGCUUUAACAAUACUAAAUAUUCAAGGGGGGGGGAUAUGAAUUUUGCUAUGAGCUUCCAAUUUGACUUAGAAGUGAGGACAUAGUAAAUAGAAAUUCACAGAUUAAUCCAUACAAUAUUCUUUAGAUUAAUGGCAAUGUUUGUUUUAAAAAAUUAGUGUUUGUUUAGAUGAGAUUUAACUUUAUUGUUCAAAAAUAUUAUUGCAGGUUCUGUGUGGGAAGGAAAUUUCUUUGAUUCCAAAGAUAGAUACACUAUGGUUUAAAUAAGAGGCCUUGGUUUGGAAUUAUUCAUUCCUAACAAAAAUAACUGGUUGUCUCAAAGUGAGUAGAAAAUUAAUUACGUAAAAAGUUGAUAUUUAUUAAUACUUUUUCCUAAUCCUUUAUAAAAAUCUUGUACAAAAUUAAUAUGCUAUCUUCCCAGCGAUAAAAAACAUUUAAAUAAUUCACAAUAUAAAUUUGAGCUCUGCUGAAUUUUUAAGAAAAAAAAUGCUUUGCAGGAGUGCAAAGAUCCUUUGCUUCUACAUUUUAUCCAUUUUAUCCAUGAUUUUGUUCUGCUGUUUUUUUUUCUUUUUUUAAAAAAAAGAGCAUUAACCCUUCUUUUCCUCUUAAUUACUGAAUCAUCUCAGCCAACCAGAAAUCAUGUAGAUUUUUCUCAGAGAUUAAUUCAGUAAGGAAAAUGGGACUGCAUUGCUUUUUCUCUAAAAUGCCAAUAUAAAUUAAUGUAUUGAAAUCAGCUUUAUGACGUGUAAAAUCACUAUACUUCUUAAAAGCACAAUUGCACCUUGGCAACAUGUAGUUUGGAAAAGUGCAUUAUGAUGCAUGUCCUAAUUAGCAUUGCUUGCUUUGGUCAUCCUUUAAUGGGAAAAAAAUGGCAUCAUAAAGCAGUGAGCGCAGCAUUUCCAAGUCAAGUACUGGAUUAAUUACCAUACAUGGACAGCUUUCCCCCAACAGAACAAUGUUUAUGUUAUUUAGGGAGCUUUAGGGAGUCUACCUUUUUGAAGGGCAUGAAAUCAUUAAGAAAACGUUAUUCCCUGCUUCUGCUCAGGUUUAGUGUGAGUAUAAAGCCAAUUCAUGUUUUCUUUACUAUCACAUUUCAUCAUGUCCUAGUAGUCCUUCUGAAGCUGACUAGAGCUAGCUGGAAGUUCCCAUCUUGCAACUAUCCAGUUGGGGGAAUGCAGAGGUUGGGGACUAAGAAACAGACCUGAGGAUAACGGCAGAUGUCUUCAGCCCAAGUAUGGCACAUCCAGCUGAGUUCUGUUAAAUAUCCAUGUCAGAAAAGGGAGUGUAAUUUGGAAGAAGGGUUAAGUAUGGAAAUCUUUCUCUCUUCCCAUCUCCUUAAAUUUACAGAGCAUUGGAUAAGGAAUAAUGUGUGAUCUUAACCUGUUGAACCAGCACCAGAAGAUCCAGAUUCAAGCCUACCCUUAAUCUUGCAAGCUGAUUGGGUGGCUUUCAGACAGUCAUUCUCAGCCCAAACUACUUGACAGGGUUCUUGCUGUGGGGGAAAGCAUACCCUGCUUUCCCCCACGGUGAUAAAGAAAAUAUAGUGCUUCAAACAGUAUACAACAUUUAUUCAAUUUGUGAAGGACUGCAUAUAUGUCACUAGUCCCACAAUGAUCUUUAGACAGUUCUGAAAAACACAGACAGAGCCUGUAUAGCUAAAAUCUCCCUUCCUGCUUCCAAACAGGUAAUCCGAGCAAAUCUAUUCAGUCAUCUUGGCUUUUUAAAGGCUCCUGCGAAUUCCAAAGCAGAAGCUGAAGCUGAACUGCUCCCUUCAGCUUCUACUUCUCAUUCAAAUUGGGUUUUGCUGCAUUUGUUUCCAUGGUGACAGUUGUGCUAGCCAAUCCUGACUAUAUACAAAGGCGCUCUGCCCAAACAUGCCUUAAAGCGUGAUUAAAAGAACCAGGAAAGACAGACAGCUCUGGUUUUUUGGCUUCCACUCAGCAGAGCAGCUGUUUUUGGACACUCCUCCCCUUCCGAGAAAUAGGACUUUGCUGUACAGAGAACAAAUGGGUUUGUAUCUGUGCCUGCAGCUAGGCCAAUUUGCCUGUAACAGAUGCUAUACCGAGCGGUCUUAGGCAAGCUUUUGCUCUCAGAACCCCUCUUAACGGAUUUUCUUCCCAGGACUAUUUAUAGAAAGUAAUCUAAAAAGCAAUCUAGUUAAUAAGAUGCUGUACGGAAUCAUUUUAGGAGGUACAAUAAAUUUUUAAACACCACCUUGCAAGUAGCACAUGGAAUCAUUUUGUUAGGUAUGACAUUUUUUUUUAAAAAAAAAAAAUCAACUAAGUGCAAGGAAUUAUCUAGGCAGCAAUUUUUAAAGUUAUCCUUUCAUACAAGCACCUCUUUAAAAAUUGCAACUGGUUUAAAAUUAGACUUCUGUUCUUGUCAUACAAAUGAUGUAAAUUUUUUAAUUCAUGUGUAAAUAUUAGUGUAAUAAGAUACAAUUAACUAUUAAUAAGGAAGGCACAUUAGGACAAUGGUUAGGAAAGUGAACUGUUUUGCUAUUGUGAAUUCUAUUUUGCCCUUGCUAUCAAUGGCGAGUACCGUUUAAAAUCUCUCACAAAACGUAUUGUCAAAUUUCCCAGGAGCUGACAGAUUCCCUUGGUAGCUUUGCAUGGCAGUAGCAGAUUUAUUAUGACUUCCAUAGCUUCAGCGCAUCCUUUUGCACUAAGGACCUCAUACAUUAAAUAGGGACAGAUUUUUGAAUUUGAAUCUUAUUUUUUUUUUAAGAGAGAUUUAAUCACUGUAAACCUAUAAACGAAAAUAUUUGUAGCUCAGGUCUGAAAUGAGGGGUACUUGGUACUCUCUGAGCUGGAUUGUUUUCUUGCAGACAUUUCAUUCAUAUAUAGCACUGAUGAUGUUACCUAGUUUGGGUAAUGAAAUGUCUUCAAAAAAAACCUCACUGUAAAUCUCAUGCCUCCUAUUUCUCAGUAAAAAGAUAAGCAUUGUACUGAGCUAGCUUGUGAGUGCUUUGAGUUCGGUUUCUGGCAACAAUGCAUGCCUUUUUUUCAAAAUGCCCAAGCAAAUGAGAAGAGCUACUAUAUUGGUAAGAUUCAGUCACACCAACAGCAACCAUUUUCCAAUGACCAGCUGAAGUUUUCCAUGCUUGUAACUUUCAUGUUCCUAAAGUAAGAGGUGAAAUUGAAGAGUACUAGGAUUUAUAAAACAUUAUUUUUAGUAAAAUAUCUACAGAUUCAUUCAGAAUUACUAGAAUAUUUUGCCUUUUGUUCAUGUCUGCCUUUAUUACCCUGCAUUCCAAACAGGAGACAAGUAUUAAAGCGAUUUUUAAAUCAGAAAUUAGAAUUAAUUUUUUUUUAAAAUGCAUUGCUGGUAGUUUAAAAACUCACUUUAUGUACUUACUACAAUGGUAAUCCUGAUUGAGAAAUCCCACAGUGACACCCAGAGGCUAAGAAUAUUUGCCUCAGCACACAAGUUCUUGAUGGUGGAUUAUUUUUUUUUAAAAAAUGAAUUCAGACUACUGUUGCUAACCUUUAUGAACUUUAAAUGUGCAUUAAGUUUCCUCACCAUUUCAUUCCAUCUAGAAUGUUCAUGGCCCUUUGUGAAGUUUUAUUCUGAACAUCAAUAAGCCACACCAGUUCAACACAAGAGGCUGAAUUUUUAUAAAUCGGGGGCCUUUCCUGCCUCUUUGCUAGCUUAAGUGGCUUUACACUGGGCAAGACAAAGACUUAUUAGUUACGUUUUUCUACUUGUGGGUACUGUAAUCAAGUAAAAACCAACAACUUACUUUAAUACAAAUUUUACCAUUUUAUAAAACACAUGUUGAAUUAUAGAGAUAGCUGUAUUGUAAUUAAUAUUUUGAAACAAUUGUGAUUUUGAGCUUAAAUUAUAUACAGAACUGUCAUUUUUGUAUGUGUUAAAAAGAUUGCUAUAUGACAAAAUACUUUUCAGUUUAAUUACAGUAUCAUUGUAAAUAAGGCUGAAGAAUCAUUUACUACUUUAUUAACAUAGAUUGUGAAUGUAAUUCAAUGUUUUGCAGUAUACAGAUUUACUGAACUUGAAAGCUGCUUCAUUUUAUGUGAAAAAGUACUUUAAAGCUAUAUUUUAAAUGAAUUGAUUCAGUGAAAUCAAUUAUCUUUAAUUUGCACAUACAGAUAGUAUCUUUUCCAUUUUACUUUGCGUAUUGACACUAACUAGUAAGGUGUAUAUUGUGUCUAGAAUGCAUUUUGCAGAUGCUUUCUGUACAUAAAAAGAAUACAGGGACUCAAAACAAUGCUGUGCAGCGUAUAGCAGAGCCAUUUUCGGCUUUGAUGUACUCAAAUUUUUUCAGUAUUUAAAAAAAGUGUUUUGAAUAAUAUAUUAAAAAGUCUAUUGUAUAAAUAAAGUCACCUUAUUGUAAAUAUUCUGCCUUCAGAGCAAUGUAUUGCAACAAUUUAAUCUUUUAUCCCCCACAGAAAGCAAGUAUCAGUAAUCAGCAGCACGUGUCUCGUGAGAACUUUGGUUUUAUUUGUACUCGGUUUCACACUUAUUUUUAAUUUUUUUAAAACUCCCAAGUUUAUCUGAAGUAGGAGUCUUCAAACUUGGCCCUUUUAUGACUUGUGGACUUCAACUUCCAGAAUUCCUUAGCCAGGCAUGCUGGCUGAGGAAUUCUGGGAGUUGAAGUCCACAAGUCAUAAAAGGGCCAAGUUUGAAGGCCCCUGGCCUGAAGCAUAGUUUGGAACAUAAAAGUGCAGCUUAAAGGUUACUUUCCCAGCAGCUGCCACCAUAGAGAGAACAUUUGCUCUUCUGGGGUUUUUGAAUUUUGAAGGUUGAUGAUCCUGCUGUAGCUAAAGUUCAUAUAGAGUGGAAAGCUUCUGACAGAGCUGAGCGGGUGUGGAGUCUUUCUGUCUGUCUCUCUCUCUGUGUCUCUCUCUCACACACACACACAGGUUUAUUGCACUAGUGUAGCCUUUAUGCUAUCCUUAUCUUCCUAACUGCUAAAAAAAGUCAGUGUCUACUGCUUCACACAGGAGCACCUAAGGAUACUUGUUGGGGAUUACAACUAAUGCCCAGAAGCACCACUUUGAUCUGUAAGAAUUCCUCCCAGCAUAUUUACAAAACAUUUUACUGUAUUAUACAGACAAAAGAAAACAUCUAGAAGAGGACACAGCACCUCUUUACCUUCAAUCAGCACAUUUUAUCUUUCUCUAAAAUAGGCCUUUAUUUAGUGUAUCAAUGGCCAGCAUCUAAUAUCAAGAUACUGGAGAAAUCGCCCCCUUACUGGAACAGCUGACUGGGCUAGGCAGAGGUAAGGUUGUAUGGGUGGAAGCUAGACUGGGUUGGGCAAUUAUGGACUCUUUCUGACCUGUGGACUUUAGUUCCCAAAAUUCCUGAGCCAGGAGCCAUUUCUGGCUCAGGAAUUCUGGGAAUUGAAAUCCACAGGUUGUAAAGGGGCCAUAGUUGCUCACCCCUCAGCUAGAAUUAGCUGUCUCUUAAGCUUGAUUCAAUUACGACUGUAGCUUUCGCAAUUACCCUCAGUACUCGCCAGCAUCCAAGAAAUAAACAAUUCCAUAUAUUGUUGAACAGAUAGUAUUCUACAAGGAAUUAAAACUUUAGUCGGAACACUGGUGAUUCAACAGUACAACUUAUCAAUUAACUGAACGUUUACUUAAUAUUUCAGGACUAGAAUUUGUCAGGAAUUCUCACUCAGACAGAGACUUGUAUCAGAAUAAAAUAAUCUGAAAGCAAGCCAAACAGAAUACCACAAUGAAAUAAGUGUAUCAUGUGUAUCAUUCCAAUUAAGAAACAAACAUAUGAGAGAACAGAAUA